AAGGGAGUCAACGUCAAGUCACAACCGCUCGGCGCAUCGUCAUGGGCAAAACCGCUGACAAGGAGCUCUCACCGAGGUCCAAGAGCUUCGUUUUUGCUGCGAACCUCUGAGUCUACCAUUGCAGCCACUGAUCCGAUUGGCUCCGGCCAUGUUUCUGAUUCGUUCGUGACGCUGCUUGUUCGAACGAGUACCGGUAAGUCAAACUGAACUCUCGAGCUGUCUAAGACGUAUAUAUGAGGUCUUGUCUCCCCGCUCUUGUGCCCGCUCUAUUAUUUCCAAGUUCUGUUUAAGUUCGAGUACUUUGUGUCCUACCUGAACAACAUCCUGUGAUUGAAUUGUCGACCUCGUCUGUACGACCACUCAUCUCAUCAAACACACCACCGCCAAGCUGGCAGAAAGACUCAAGACUAUCUUGGGCCACGUCAAAGAGGUUCUACCAAACAUGUCUUCUUCCCUCGACGCCGAAGAGCAACAGUUCCAGGAUGAAGUUGCUGCCAUCAAGCAAUGGUGGUCUUCUCCUCGCUGGAGAUACACAAAGCGUCCUUUUACCGCUGAGCAGAUUGCCAACAAGCGUGGAAACUUGACAAUCCAACAUCCUGGCAAUGUUCUUUCCAAGAAGCUUUGGGAUAUUGUAGAGAAGAGAUUCGCCGAAAAAGAUGCUAGUUUCACUUACGGCUGUCUCGAUCCUGUAAUGGUCACCCAAAUGGCCAAGUACCUCGACACUGUCUACGUGUCAGGCUGGCAAAGUUCCUCGACUGCAUCAUCAACCGAUGAGCCCGGUCCCGAUCUUGCAGACUACCCAUACACCACCGUCCCCGACAAGGUACAACAUCUCUUCAUGGCACAACUCUUCCACGACCGCAAGCAACGCCAUGAAAGACUCUCCACCCCUGCCUCGGAGCGCAAGAACCUCGCAAACACCGACUUCCUCCGUCCGAUCGUCGCCGAUGCCGACACUGGUCAUGGUGGUCUCACAGCAAUCAUGAAGCUCACAAAACUGUUCGUUGAGAAGGGUGCUGCUGGUAUCCAUAUCGAGGACCAAGCUCCUGGAACGAAGAAGUGCGGACAUAUGGCUGGCAAAGUCCUCGUCCCCAUCAGCGAACACAUCAACCGUCUCGUCGCCAUUCGAGCACAGGCCGAUAUCAUGGGCAGCGACCUCCUCGCCGUCGCUCGUACAGACUCCGAAGCCGCCACUCUCAUCACCUCGACCAUCGACCCCCGCGACCACGCCUUCAUCGUCGGCGCAACAAACCCCGCCCUCCAACCCCUCAGCGAACUCAUGGGUGCCGCCGAAGCGGCAGGAAAAUCCGGUGACGAGUUGCAAGCUAUCGAAGAUACCUGGACCGAGCAAGCACAUCUCAAACUCUUCUCCGAAGCCGUCGUCGACACCAUCAACGCCGGCGUCCACGUCAACAAGGUCGAACUAAUCAGCCAAUUCGAACAACAAGCCAAGGGCAAGAGCAACGCAGAAUCCCGCGCUAUCGCCAAAGCUCUCACCGGCGUCGACGUCCACUUCGACUGGGAAUCCGCCCGCACACGCGAAGGCUACUACCGCUACCGCGGCGGCUGCCAAUGCGCCGUCAACCGCGCCAUCGCUUACGCUCCUUACUGCGAUAUGAUCUGGAUGGAGUCGAAGCUCCCCGACUUCUCCCAAGCCGAAGAAUUCGCCACCGGUGUUCAUGCCGUGUGGCCCGAGCAGAAGCUCGCUUACAACUUGUCCCCCUCGUUCAACUGGAAGACCGCCAUGAGCACUUCCGAGCAAGAAACUUAUAUCCAGCGAUUGGCGAAACUGGGAUAUUGUUGGCAGUUCAUCACAUUGGCAGGUUUGCACCAGACCGCAUUGAUUUCGGACUCAUUCUCCAAGGAUUAUGCUGCCAGAGGUAUGCGUGCGUAUGGAGAGACUAUCCAAAGUAAAGAACAAGAGAAUGGCGUAGAAGUCCUCAAACAUCAGAAAUGGUCUGGAGCCAAUUACGUUGAUGAAUUGCUCAAAAUGGUCUCGGGUGGUGUGUCCAGUACCGCUGCUAUGGGUAAAGGUGUCACGGAAGAUCAAUUCAAGGCUGUAGACAGGCCUGGAGAGAGUGGGUAUAAAGCUGAGGAGAAGCAUUGAUGUUGCUGAUUGAAGACAAAAAUGUAGUCGCAAUCUGUGAAUGAUAUGGCU